CUUUUGGCAAUAUUCAUUUGCAUGUCUUUGUAUUGCUUUAGCCAAUGCUGGAGGAACAUUAAUUCCAUUACUUUCAAAAAGAUUAAUUCAAUAUGUUGAAUAUAAAUCAUUAGGUAUUGAACAAGGAAUUGGAAGAGGUGUAGGGUAUGCACUUGGUUCAUCAUUUGCAUCCUUUGCUACCGGGGUACUUAUAAAUCAUUUCUUUUAUCGAUCCAUGUUGACUGGUGUUCAAGCAAAAUCAGUAUUAACUCAAGCAUUACUUCGAAAAUCAUUUGUAUUAAAUGAUUCAGCAAAACAUAAAUAUCCUCCUGGUAAAGUUACUUCAUUAAUGGGAACAGAUUUAGCUAGAAUAGAUUUUUCAAUUGGAUUUCAACCAUUUGCAAUUGUUUUCCCAAUUCCAGUGGUUAUUGCUAUAGCUAUUUUAAUUGUUAAUAUUGGAGUUUCUGCUGUGGUAGGGAUUGUUUUAUUAUUAAUUUUCUUAGUGGUUAUUGGAUCUGUAUUUAAACCAUUAAUGGAAUAUAGAAAAGAAGCAACUAAAUUUACUGAUCUUAGAGUUAGUACAAUUAAAGAAGUAUUAGUAAAUUUAAAAAUGAUUAAAUUUUAUAGUUGGGAAGAUGCUUAUCAUGAAAAGAUUGCUGAUUAUAGAACCAAAGAAAUGAAAGUUCUUUUCAGAAUAGAAAUUAUUAGAAAUAUUAUGAUUUCUUUAGCUAUGACAUUAACUUUAUUUUCAUCUAUGAUUGCAUUUUUAGUCUUAUAUGGAAUUGGAACUCAUAGUCGUGAUCCAGCAUCAAUCUUUUCAUCUAUUUCAUUAUUUAAUAUUUUAACUCAACAAGUCUUAUUUGUACCAAUGAGUCUUAAUAGUGCUGCCGAUGCAUUUGUGGCCUUAAAGAGAGUAGGACUUUUCCUUUCUUCUGGAGAAUCUAGAACUUCAGAUAUUGUUGAUGAACAUGCUAAUUUGAAAUCAUCAAAUGUAGCUCUUGAAGUUAAUAAUGCUAAUUUUGAAUGGGAAAUAUUUCCUGAAGAAGAACCUGAAGAAACUAAAGAAGAAAAGAAGGAAAGAAAGAAACGGGAAAAGAAAGAAGCUAAAGAACAAAAGAUGAAAAAGAAGCAAACUAAAGGAGUACUUCAAGAUGUUGAUAGUUCUGAUGUAGAACUAGUUAAGGAAGAUGAUAAACAUAAAUUAAAAGAGGAAGAUAAGGAUGAUAUUAAAGAGAAGAAAGCAGAAGUUACAUUCACAGGAUUGAAUAAUAUUAAUCUUUCUAUUAAGAAAGGUGAAUUUAUAGUUAUUACUGGUGUAAUUGGAUCAGGAAAAUCUUCAUUAUUAUAUGCAAUGUCAGGAUUAAUGAAAAAACUUAAUGGUACGGUUGGAAUAGAAGGAUCUCAUAUUUUAUGUUCAUCACCACCUUGGAUUCAAAGUAAUACUGUUAAGGAAAAUAUACUUUUUGGUUCAAAUUGGGAUGAAAAGAAAUAUAAUCAAAUCAUUUAUGCUUGUGCAUUAGAAAGUGAUUUAGAAAUCUUGCCAGCUGGUGAUAAUACUGAAAUUGGAGAAAGAGGAAUUACUCUUUCUGGUGGUCAAAAGGCUAGAAUUAAUUUAGCUAGAGCAGUAUAUGCAAAUUCUGAUAUUAUUUUAUUAGAUGAUGUAUUAUCUGCUGUUGAUGCAAGAGUUGGUAAACAUAUUAUGGAUUCAUGUAUUCUUGGAUUAUUAAAGGAUAAAACAAGAAUAUUAGCUACUCAUCAAUUAUCAUUAAUUGGAACAGCAAAUAGAAUUAUCUUUCUUAAUGGCGAUGGAUCAAUUGAUGUUGGUUCUUUAGAAGAAUUAAGAAGUAGAAAUUCCGGAUUUAAUAAAUUAAUGGAGCAUAAUCAUGCAUUUGAAGAUGUUAAAUCAGAUGAUGUUGAAGCUACUGAUACUAUUGAUAAUGAUGAAGAAGCAAUUCAUAAAGAUUUUAAUGUUAAUAAACUUGAUGAUGGGAAAUUAGUUGAAGAAGAAGAAAAAGCCGUUAAUCAAAUUGGUCUUACAGUUUAUAUGAAUUAUUUAAGAAUUGGUUCAGGUAAAUUUACUCCAUGGGUGGUGAUUCCAUUAGUUGUCAUAUCUAUAACAUUAGCAACUUUUUGCCUGGUAUUUACUAAUACUUGGCUUUCACUUUGGAUAGAAUAUAGAUUUCCUGCGAAAUCAGAUGCAUUUUAUAUUGGACUUUAUGUUAUGUUUACUGUUCUUGCAUUUAUCUUUUUAGCUUUUGAAUUUGGAGUUUUGGUCUAUGUAACUAAUCGAGCUGCUAAUAAAUUAAAUGUUUUGGCUGUUAAUAAGAUAGUUCGAGUUCCCUUAUCAUUUAUGGAUGUAACUCCAAUGGGUAGAGUUUUGAAUAGAUUUACUAAAGAUACAGAUGUUUUAGACAAUGAACUUGGUGAUCAAAUUAGAUUCUUACUCUUUAUGUUUUCUUCAAUUGUGGGAAUCAUUGUAUUAUGUAUUGUUUAUUUACCUUGGUUUGCAAUAGCUGUUCCUAUGUUAAUUUUUAUUUUCGUGGCAGCUGGAAAUUAUUAUCAAGCAUCAGCAAGAGAAAUUAAAAGACUAGAAGCUGUUCAAAGAUCUUUUGUAUUUAAUAAUUUUGAAGAAACUUUAAAUGGUAUUUCUACUAUUAAGGCAUUCAAUGCAGAAUCUAUCUUUUUGAAUAAGAGUAGUCAUUAUAUUGAUAAAGUUAAUGAAGCUGCUUAUCUUGUUAUUGCUGCUGAACGUUGGCUUGGUAUUAAUUUAGAUAUGAUUGCAACUAUGAUUACACUUUUAAUUGCAUUCUUAUGUGUAUUUAGAGUAUUUGAUAUAACUCCUGCAGCAGUAGGUUUAUUAUUAUCAUAUGUAUUAGGUGUUGCUGGUCAACUUCCUAUGCUUAUAAGAACAUAUACUUUGGUUGAAAAUGAAAUGAAUUCUGCAGAAAGACUUUCAUCUUAUGCCUUUAAACUUCCCCAAGAAGCAAGUUUUGAUAGUAAUGGAAUUUCGCCACCUCCUGAUUGGCCUAAAACGGGUGCCAUUGAUUUUGAUGAUGUUUCAUUAUGUUAUAGACCAGGUUUACCAGUUGUACUUAAAAAUAUAACUUUUAAAGUUAAUGGUAAUGAAAGAAUUGGAAUUUGUGGUAGAACUGGGGCAGGUAAAUCAUCUAUUACAACAGCCUUAUAUAGGCUUAGUGAACUUCAAGGUGGUAAGAUUACAAUUGACGGAGUUAAUAUUUCUGAAAUUGGUUUAAGAGAAUUACGAUCCAAAUUAUCAAUUAUCCCUCAAGAUCCAGUUUUAUUUGCCGGAACAAUUAGAUCUAAUCUUGAUCCAUUUAAUCAAAGUACCGAUGAUAAAUUAUGGGAUUGUUUAAGAAGAACAGGUUUAAUUGAUGGUGAUAUUUUGGUUGAAGUUAAAUCUCAAUAUAAGCCAGCCAAAGAUGAAAAGAAUAUAUUACAUAAAUUUCAUUUAGAUCAAAAUGUUGAAGAUGGAGGAUCUAACUUCUCAUUAGGUGAACGUCAAUUACUUUCCUUUGCUAGGGCCUUAGUUCGUGAUUCUAAAAUCUUGAUUUUAGAUGAAGCUACAUCAUCAGUUGAUUAUGAAACGGAUGCAAAAAUUCAAGUAACUAUAUCCAAAGAAUUUUCCAACUGUACAAUUCUUUGUAUUGCUCAUAGAUUGAAAACUGUACUUCAUUAUGAAAAGAUAUUGGUAUUAGAUAAGGGAGAAAUUAAAGAAUUUGAUACACCAUGGGCAUUAUUUAAAUCCAAUGGAAUUUUUAGAGAGAUGUGCGAUAGAGCCAAAAUCCAGGCAGAAGACUUCAUUCAUAACUGAACUACCAAAUUUAAAUUUUAUUUAGAAUAUUUAUCUUGUAUAUAAGUUAUUAACAUAUUUGUAGUUUUAGUAUAUUUAUGUGAUGAACAAUAAAUAGUAUUUGGUAUCUGCUUACAGAAAAUUUAACACUGAGUAAUACAAUACAACAUACUCAUUAGGGAAUAAUUACAAAUUAAAUUACAU